AUGCCGCUGCAGCAGCAACAGCAGCCGCAACAGCAGCCGCAACAGCAGCCGGCAGUAACACGUCCACCAUGGCAGGCUUCCCAAGCUUUUCAGCGUAUGGAGCCCAGGCAAGGUCAGGGCCAAGGCCAGGGCUACGGAGGCACCGGCGCCUGCUCACCCCAGCGAAUGCCCAGCUUCAGCAGCCCGAACGCGAGCGCCGCGCAGAAUCUGCCGAUGCAGACGAGUGCCGCUCAAGCCAAUGAUCCAACGGAGGGCACCACGAUGAUCCAGUCGCUUUCCGCCUACAAGGCGGACUGGAAGCUGUUGGCCAGGGUGACGAAGAAGUCCUCCAUGCGGAGCUUCCGCAGGAGGGAAGGGGAAGAUGGCAAGCUCUUCUCCGUUGACCUGGUUGACAAUCAGGGCGGGGAGUGCCGUGCCGCCUUCUUCGGCCUGGCGGCGGAGAAGUUCUUUCAGGUGCUCCAGGAGCAGCAUCUUUUCCUCUUCGCCCGGGGAAAGAUCAAGAAGGGCAACCCAAAAUUCUGCCCGUAUGCCAUCGAAAUGACGUUCGAUGAGAAGGCUCGCAUCGAGGAGGUUCAGGUCCAGCAGGAGCUGUGCCGCAUGCCCGUAUUUCCCGUGAAGCCUUUGUCCGACAUUCAAACGGAGGCGGUCCAAAGCGCUGUGGAUGUGGCGGCUAUCGUGAUUGAGGCAGAGCCACCUUCAGAGAUCACGCUCAAGAAGGAUGGAGGGCAGAAGGCGCGGCAGAACCUGGUGCUAUUGGACGACAGCGGAGUGUCGGUGCGUUUGACUCUUUGGGGUGAGCAUUGCAAGCCAAAUCUGGAUCCCGGCGUGGUGGCACUUUUCAAGGGCGUGCGCAUCUCGGACUACGGGGGUCGCAGCUUGAACACCUCGCAGUCAACGGCCGUCAUCCUCGAUGACGAGGCCAGCUUUCAUCCCAGGGCUGACGAGCUCAAGGAGUGGUACAGCCAGAAUGGGCAGGCGGCACAGCAGGCAGCGAGGAAUAUCUCUGGAGAGCGUCAGAGCGCGGCAUUGAAGACGAUCGAAGAGGUCAAGGAAGAGGCAAUGACGCUUGAGGCGCCUGGCGCGCAUGCAGCCGACUCAGGAGGAGCCGCGUCACAGCAGCACUUCCACACGGUAGC